UUUCAAACGCCCAAUUUCUUCAAUUUUUUUUUAUAUAACACUGUUCAAUUAGGUAUAAACCUUUGUGCUUGACCUACAUUCGAUGUUCAUUUUCUGAAAUACAUUUCUUACACUGAUUAUUCAAAUAAGAGCAUGCUAGUGCAAGACUAUCCAUGUUAAAAUUUCUUUAUAGACAAUAUGUCAUCAGAAAAUCGAUGUGCACUGUGUGAACAGCCAAGUGAAACCAAAUGUCCAUCUUGCAAAGUAAUCUACUAUUGCUCUGCCGAACACCAAAAACUUCACUGGGAUGACCAUAAGAAAGAUUGCUGUUGCUACGAGGUUUGCUCUUCUGAAUUACUGGGAAGAUAUUUGGUAGCGAGAAGAGAUUUAGAUAGAGGAGAGGUGAUAUUUUCCGAGUUCCCUCUGAUAUUUGGACCUAAGCCAAAACUCGUGAAAAGUGGACCAUUUCCUUGUGUGGGCUGUAAUAAACUGUUAGAAGAUGAGGAAGCAUCAGAUAAAUGUGAAUCAUGCUUCUGGCCUUGUUGUACAAGGGAAUGUCCUGGACUGAAGGACAACGCCAGACAUGGCUUAGAGUGUAAAAUCUUCAGACUUAGAAAUGGUACUAACUCCUCAAAAUCGUUUUAUGAGAAGUUCAGGUUUGAUGUACUUAUAAUUCUGAGGGCUCUACUCCUUCAAAAAGCAGACGAAGACAAAUGGAACGAACUGAUGGAUUUAGAAGCACACCUUGGUAAAAGAGGCCAAGGAUCUAGAAUACAUAGGAUCAUAGAUGAAAAAGUGAAAUACCUACAAGAGAAUUACCUGAAUCCUCUGAAAAUCUACGAACAGGAAACUAAGAAUAUCAUUAUACCAACUAUCGACACAAAAACCUUGCACAAAAUUCAUGGAAUAUUGGAUGUUAAUGCUAUAGAAUUGAACGACGAAAUAAAUGCAGGAAUACUGUACCUCAAGAGCAGUCUAAUAGAACACAACUGCACCCCCAACACAAAGCAAUCAAUCGAAAGAGCUGAUAAGAAAUACAGGAUAAUUUGGAGGGCAGCAACCCCCAUAAAAAAAGGAGAACAUAUACGAACAACUUACACCAACAUCUUAUGGGGAACCACUGAGAGAAGACGAGACCUGUGGCAGAAAAAAUACUUCAAAUGCAUGUGCGAUAGAUGUAAGGACCCAACAGAAUUCGGCACUUACUUUAACGCCUUGAAAUGCAUGGGGACAGAAACAGAACCCUGCGGUGGCUCUCAGUUGCCUUCUAACCCUACAGAUCUGGAGCCAAUAUGGAAUUGCGAGAAGUGUAAGAUCACACUUCCUAACGAGGAUGUGAUGGAAUUUGUCAAUCAUUUAGGGAAAGAAGUCGAUAAGGUGAUAGCGAAAAAAGGUGGUUUGAUGGAGCUGGAGGAUAUUUUGAAGAAGUUACUGGUGUUUUUACACCCCAAUCAUUACCACGUGUACACUGUGAAAUACUUUUUGGUCCAAUUGUAUGGUAGGGAUGAUGGUGAUUCAUCAGAUGAUCAGAUUGCAAAAAAAGUCGAAAUGUGUCGAGAUUUGAUAGGCAUCUCUAGGAAAUUGGAUCCUGUAACUGCCAGGUUGAACAUACACUUGACCGUGCUACAGAAUGAGAUGUUUCAAGGAAAAUUCCGUUUACUGCGGAAGAAUUUCAACAAGGCGACAAAGGACCUGUGCAAAAACGAAAUAGAAGAAAUAAGAAAACUUCUGACUGAAGCUGCCGACGCAUUGAAGUACGAAACGGGUUCCAAAACUGGAGAAAAAUUGAACGAAGUGAUUUGUCUGAAUAAAGUGAAAUUUAUGGGUUGGAUGAAAGAGAAUGGUAUAUCAGAUAAUGUUAAAAUACAUAUUCACAAGAUCUUUCUAUCCAGAAAACCUCGUCCUUUCGAAAUGGACGACAAGAAAAAAUGUGCUGUGUGCGAAGAUGUAGCAGAGAUGAAAUGUUCUGGGUGUAAGCUGGUUUGGUACUGCAGCAAAGACCACCAGAAGAAACACUGGAAGGACCAUAAGGUCUCAUGUAGACCAUUCACAGUCGAAGAGAUUGAUGAAAUAGGAAAAUGCUUGGUGGCCACAAGGGAUUUGAACCGUGGAGAUUUGAUUCUGGUAGAACACCCUCUCGUUUUUGGUCCAAGACCUCAUAUGGUUGAAGAAGGUCCUGUGCCAUGUCCAGGAUGUUGUAGGUUGAUUAUAGGCGAAAAAUCACCCAGAUGUCCCAACUGUGAUUUUCCAGUUUGUGAUCCAGCUUGUCCCGGAUUGGAUGAUAUGGAUAAACAUGGCCAUGAGUGUAUGAUUCUUGGGUUGAGGGAUAUAAGUGCAAUAAACGGACUUCAUGAUUUUUAUAGACAAGACUCCCUUCUGGCCCUGAGAUGUUUACUGCUUCAAAAACGUCAGCCUAAAAAGUUCGCCCAAUUGAUGAAUAUGGAAGCCCAUCUUGAGCGAAGAGGCAGAGGUACAGAUACUUACGAAGAUGUACAAAACAGGAUUUUCAACUAUCUUGACGACAAUUUCUUCCGUCCCUUAAAGUGCAUGGAGAUGAAAACCGGCAAGAAUAUUCUACCAGACACAACGAAAGAGACUAUACAUAAAAUAUGUGGGAUUAUCGAUGUAAACGCGUUGGAAAUAAACCAAGAAGCUGAAAUAUCAGCGCUAUACCCAACAGCUUACCUCAUGGAACACAACUGCGUGCCGAACACCUAUCAUAUGUUCGACAACGUUUCUGAAGGGCAUAAGAUCACCAUCAGGGCGGCUCUCCCUAUCAAGAAGGGGGACCACAUAACUACAAUGUACACACAUGCGCUAUGGGGCACACAAGCUAGAAGAGAACAUCUCAGGGAGACCAAAUACUUCUCUUGCUCAUGCAAAAGGUGUUCUGAUCCGACUGAACUUGGCACGAACUUCAGUGCGCUUCUUUGUAUGGGUACUGGUGAGAACUCUUGCGGAGGAUUCCAACUUCCUGUGAAUCCCCUUGAUGACAAUACCGAAUGGUCCUGCAAUAAAUGUGAGGUUAAGCUGACGAACAACGAAGUAUCGUUCCUGGUCAACCAAAUAGGAGAAGAAGUGGAUAACAUCCAAUUGUCCAGUCCAACAGUGAGAGAACUAGACGCCCUCCUAACCAAAAUGUCAACUUUCCUCCAUCCUAACCACUACCAUUGCUAUGCCGUUAAACAUUCCCUGAUACAGCUCUAUGGAUACCAGCAAGGGUAUAUGCCAGCUCAGUUAACAGAUGACACUUUGGCCAAAAAGGCCAACAUGUGUAGGGAGCUCUUGGAUAUAACGAAGAAAUUAGAUAUAGGUAACAGCAGAUUGCCCUUAUAUACUGGCGUCAUCCUUCAUGAGCUCCAUUUGGCCAACAUGAUCAUGAUCAAGAGAAAAUGGGACGUAGGAAUGAAAACAAGGGUUAAGGGUAUAAUCAAGAUGCUACAAGAAUGUAAAGAAUGCUUGACCGAGGCCAAGGAAGUUCUCAAAAACGAAUUCACUACACCAGCCGGUGAAAAACUAAACAAACUGAUAGCCACAUCAACUCAGGAGUUCGACAGGUGGAUAGAAAGAAACAAUGUGGAUCUUGGGAAGAAAUAGAAGCAGAUUGAAAUAACCAAUAAAAUUGCAUUUUUUCGUUUGAUUCCAAUGUACAGAUACAAUAUGAUUGGAUAUGAAACUAUGAAGAUUUAAAAUAGUGCUUCAACAGA